GCAAGACGGGGGCGGGGCAGCCGGCGGCGGAUUCCCAAGCCUAGACCCACCCCGCCCCAGAGACUGCGCGUGCGUGCGCCCGGGACCUCGGCUCCGCGAUGACUGCCAACUCAGUGGAGCAGCUGCGGAAAGAUGGCAACGAGCUCUUCAAAUGCGGGGACUACGAAGGCGCCUUGACGGCCUAUACCCAGGCCCUGGAUCUGGGCGCAACGCCCCAGGACCAAGCGGUUCUGCACCGGAACCGGGCCGCCUGCCACCUCAAGCUGGAGGAUUAUGACAAAGCAGAAUCUGAGGCCUCCAAAGCCAUCGACAAGGACGGAGGGGAUGUCAAAGCACUUUAUCGGAGGAGCCAAGCCCUGGAGAAGCUGGGCCGUCUUGACCAGGCAGUCCUCGACCUGCAGAGGUGUGUGAGCCUGGAGCCCAAGAACAAAGUUUUCCAGGAGGCCCUGCGGAACAUCGCAGGCCAGAUUCAGGAGAAGGUACGGUACAUGUCCUCAACGGAUGCCAAAGUGGAACAGAUGUUUCAGAUACUGCUGGACCCGCAAGAAAAAGGCACUGAGAAAAAGCAGAAGGCUUCUCAGAACCUGGUGGUGCUGGCCCGGGAGGACGCUGGAGCUGAGAAGAUCUUCCGGAGCAAUGGGGUUCAGCUCUUACAGCGCCUGCUGGACACAGGAGAGCCCGACCUGAUGCUGGCAGCUCUGCGCACCCUAGUCGGCAUCUGCUCUGAGCACCAGUCACGGACCGUGGCAACCCUGAGUGUGCUGGGAACUCGGCGGGUGGUCUCCAUCCUGGGCGUGGAAAACCAGGCCGUGUCCCUAGCUGCCUGCCACCUGCUUCAGGUUAUGUUUGAUGCCCUCAAGGAAGGUGUCAAGAAAGGCUUCCGUGGCAAAGAAGGCGCCAUCAUCGUGGAUCCGGCCCGGGAGCUGAAAGUCCUCAUCAGUAACCUCUUGGAGCUACUAACUGAGGUUGGGGUCUCCGGCCAAGGCCGUGACAAUGCCCUGACCCUCUUGAUUAAAGUGGUGCCCCGGAAGUCUCCUAAGGACCCCAACAACAGCCUCACACUCUGGGUCAUUGAUCAAGGUCUGAAAAAGAUUCUGGAGGUGGGGGGCUCUGUGCAGGACCCCCCUGGGGAGCUCACGGUGACGGCAAACAGCCGCAUGAGCGCCUCCAUUCUCCUCAGCAAGCUCUUCGAUGACCUGAGGUGUGAUGCCGAGAGGGAGAAUUUCCAUCGACUCUGUGAAAACUACAUCAAGAGCUGGUUUGAGGGCCAAGGGCUGGCCGGGAAGCUGCGGGCCAUCCAGACGGUGUCCUGCCUCCUGCAGGGCCCAUGUGACGCCGGCAACCGGGCCCUGGAGCUGAAUGGUGUCAUGGAGAGUGUGAUCGCUCUGUGUGCCUCGGAGCAGGAGGAAGAGCAGCUGGUGGCCGUGGAGGCCCUGAUCCACGCGGCCGGCAAGGCCAAGCGGGCUUCGUUCAUCACGGCCAACGGCGUCUCGCUGCUGAAGGACCUAUACAAGCGCAGCGAGAAGGACCGCAUCCGCAUCCGGGCACUGGUGGGACUCUGCAAGCUCGGUUCGGCCGGAGGGACCGACUUUAGCAUGAAACAGUUUGCAGAAGGCUCCACUCUCAAACUGGCCAAACAGUGUCGAAAGUGGCUGUGCAAUGACCAGAUGGACGCAGGCACUCGGCGCUGGGCAGUGGAGGGCCUGGCCUACCUCACCUUUGAUGCCGAUGUGAAGGAAGAGUUUGUGGAGGAUGAGGCCGCCCUGAAGGCUCUGUUCCAGCUCAGCAAGUCGGAGGAGAGGUCGGUGCUCUUUGCAGUGGCCUCGGCGCUGGUGAACUGCACCAACAGCUAUGACUACGAGGAACCCGACCCCAAGAUGGUGGAGCUGGCCAAGUAUGCCAAGCAGCACGUGCCUGAGCAGCACCCCAAGGACAAACCGAGUUUCACGCGGGCCCGGGUGAAGAAGCUGCUGGCGGCCGGCGUGGUGUCAGCCAUGACCUGCAUGGUGAAGACCGAGAGCCCCGUGCUGACCAGUUCCUGCAGGGAGCUGCUCUCCAGGGUUUUCCUGGCUCUGGUGGAAGAGGUGGAGGACCGUGGCACUGUGGUUGCUCAGGGAGGGGGCAAGGCUCUGAUCCCGCUGGCCCUGGAAGGCACUGACGUGGGGCAGACAAAGGCCGCCCAGGCUCUCGCCAAGCUUACCAUCACCUCCAACCCAGAGAUGACCUUUCCUGGCGAGCGGAUCUACGAAGUGGUCCGGCCCCUCGUCUCCCUGUUGCACCUCAACUGCUCUGGGCUGCAGAACUUCGAGGCGCUCAUGGCUCUAACGAACCUGGCAGGGAUCAGCGAGAGGCUUCGGCAGAAGAUCCUGAAGGAGAAAGCCGUGCCCAUGAUCGAGGGCUACAUGUUUGAGGAGCAUGAGAUGAUCCGCCGGGCAGCCACGGAGUGCAUGUGUAACUUGGCUAUGAGCAAGGAGGUGCAGGACCUCUUUGAAGCCACAGGCAAUGACCGGCUGAAGCUGCUGGUUCUCUACAGUGGGGAGGAUGACGAGCUGCUACGGCGGGCGGCUGCUGGGGGCCUGGCUAUGCUCACCUCCAUGCGGCCCUCACUCUGCAGCCGCAUCCCCCAAGUGACGACACACUGGCUGGAGAUCCUACAGGCCCUGCUUCUGAGCCCCAACCAGGAGCUGCAGCACCGGGGCGCCGUGGUGGUGUUGAACAUGGUGGAGGCCUCGCGAGAGAUGGCCAGCACCCUGAUGGAGAGCGAGGUGCUGGAGAUCCUGUCAGUGUUGGCUAAGGGCAAGGAGGGCCCCGUGGCCAGGGCUGCCGCAGCUUCCCUAGGGAAAGCAGUGGAAUAUGGGCUUAUCAAACCGAGCCAGGACGGAGAGUGAGAACCUGCCGUACGCACACGCUAUCUGUUGCAGCCCAGGAAGCAAGGACAGAUGUGGCUUUGGCUCAUGGGGGCUGGGAUGUGGAACCUCUGGUCUUUUCUCCCCAGCCGCCCUCUGCUGUCCUCUGUUCUGUGUCAGGGACCACGUUCACAGCCCUGCCCUGCCAGCACUGCCUCCAGCCUCACACAGCGGGGCCCUUUUCCUGUGCUACUGUAGACAGCUGGGCAUGGGGAAGGUGCUAACUCAGCCCACAGGUUCCCAGCCUUGGGAAAGACACAGCAAGCAGCCUCACCAGCCGUGAGCACACCCGAGCCUGCUAACAGGACCAUUCCGAUUCUUGAAUAAAAGUGUGUGGAACUCAA